AUCUCGUUCUGUGGCUAAGUUCGCUCAGGACAUUUGCAACCCUCAGAAUGUCAAAAGUAAAUAAAAAGAAUAUUUUGUGAAAUAAAUUAAAUAUAUUACAAUUACCACACUUUUUGCUAAUAUUUACUGAACUGCACCUAUUGUGUUAUUAUUUACUAUCUUCACAACUUUAGUGUUAUUCAAUAGUGUCGUUUACAAGUCUUAUUGGAAAAUUUCGCGAAUGAGAUCAUUUUACUGUGUAAAAUGAACAUUUUACGCCUGGGCACAGAUAUUAAUAUCUCGCUACAGUUUCAAGUACAAGACUUCCAACUGAAAUAUCAUUGGGUGUUCAUUUAAUAUUUAGUGCUCUAAUAAAACGUGCGAAUAUUCUCAGGGCGUAACCAUUGCUCAGGCGGGUUGAAGGCUGUGUUAAAAUGAUAUUUAUUAAUAUUUUCUGAAAAGUAGUGAACUGUGUUUGUGUGAAAAAUGGCUGAGGACGAAGUGCUUUUCGACGAUGUGUACGAGCUCUGUGAGAUUAUUGGCAAGGGCCCAUUCAGUCUGGUGCGUCGCUGUGUGCACCGGCAGACUGGUCAACAGUUUGCAGUCAAGAUUGUUGAUGUGGCCCGCUUUACAGCCAGUCCUGGACUUAGUACUGCAGAUUUGAAACGUGAAGCAACAAUAUGUCACAUGCUCAAGCAUCCUCAUAUUGUGGAGCUCUUGGAGACAUACAGCUCCGAGGGCAUGCUCUACAUGGUCUUUGAAUAUAUGGAUGGCUCUGAUCUCUGCUUUGAAGUUGUACGCAGAGCCACCGCCGGAUUUGUCUAUAGCGAAGCUGUUGCAUGCCAUUACAUGCGCCAGAUUCUGGAAGCUCUUCGCUAUUGCCACGAGAAUGACAUCGUUCACCGCGAUGUCAGACCUCAUUGCGUUUUACUGGCUGGUCGCGAUAACUGCGCUCCUGUCAAACUGGGAGGGUUCGGGGUAGCUGCUCAACUGCCUACUCCGACUGCCCAUCGUGCACCACCCGAACUGGUGAUGGACACUCGCCCGCUAAUGGGCCCAAUGGGCCAAGCGUAUCUCAAAUCAGACGAGUACGGUCGCAUCGGAACUCCCCACUACAUGGCUCCGGAGGUUGUGUCCAGCCAGCUGUACGGCAAGCCCGUCGAUGUAUGGGCGGCUGGCAUAUUGCUGCAUGUCCUACUGGUGGGGUAUCUGCCCUUCACUGGGACUAGGGAGCGGCUGUUUGAGGCUAUCUGCCGUGGGCGUUUGAGGUUUGAUGCACCUCUUUGGGAUGACGUCAGCGAUGCCGCCAAGGAUUUGGUUCAGCGCAUGUUGACUGUUGACCACACUCAGAGAAUCAACAUUCAAGAAGUACUUAAUCAUCGCUGGAUAAGGGACCGCGAAAAACAAAACCGCAUCCAUCUCGCGGGGACCGUCGAAGAGUUAAAGAAGUUCAACAGCCGCCGUCGUCUCCGCGCCGCUACCCUCGCCGCGGCCGCCGCUGAUGAUGAGGAAGAUGAAGAACAACCGGCUCGACGCGCUGUCAUGUUGGAAGAGGCUAAUGCUGCUGCUGUGAAUCUCAUCGUGGAAUCUUUGGACGACGUGUCGGUGCUUCAAGAUGGGCCCAUGGUGAUGGAUCCUGAUUUAUUCCACAGCGUACUUGAUGAUCUGCAACUAAGAGCUCUUUUAGAGAUCUACGACCGCAUAGCCAGCACAGUAGUAGUGACAAGCGGUCGGGCCCCCGCCGCAGAAGGCAGGCAGCGUUGCCGACAAGCGCUAGAGGCCGCCACGCGACUGCGCCACGCCGGGCCGGGGCCAGCCGCCGCGACACCGGCCACGGCGUCCGCUAUACACGAGAUCAGGAGGCUGCUGGCUCUUCCACAUAUUAAGGCCCUACUUCAGGCACAUGAUGUGGUCGCCCGCGAGGUGUACGGUGAAGAGUCUCUACGGGCGUCACCGCCACCGGUCAACGGCCGCACCACCGCACCACCGCCCGAAGAUGAGGACGACACCGAACCAGAAUUCGAGAACGUGACCAGGGUCCGCCUCGUGCAGUUCCAAAAGAAUACUGAUGAACCGAUGGGGAUAACACUGAAAUUAGCAGACGACGGGAGAUGCAUCGUAGCCCGCAUCAUGCACGGGGGAAUGAUACACAGACAGGCGACCCUGCACGUCGGCGAUGAGAUCAAAGAGAUCAACGGCACGCCCGUUGCGAACCAGUCGGUUGCUCAGUUGCAGAGGAUGCUGCGUGAAGCUCGUGGAUCGGUGACAUUUAAGAUAGUGCCCUCAUACCGCUCCGCACCGCCACCCUGCGAGCUUUUCCGGAUAAAGCCUUCGCCCGUGCUAAUUUUCGUGAGAGCGCAAUUCGAUUAUGACCCACUGGAAGAUGAAUUGAUUCCGUGCGCUCAAGCUGGUAUCGCUUUUACCACUGGUGAUAUUCUGCAGAUCAUAAGCAAAGAUGACGCUCAUUGGUGGCAAGCACGCAAAGACGCGUCGGGAGGUUCGGCCGGACUUGUACCGAGCCCUGAACUGCAGGAGUGGCGAGCCGCUUGUGCUGCUGCGGAAAGAUCGAACACCGAUCAAGUGAACUGUUCCAUAUUUGGACGCAAGAAGAAACAGUCGAAGGACAAAUAUUUAGCGAAACAUAACGCUGUGUUCGAUCAACUGGACGUAGUUACUUACGAAGAAGUCGUCAAAUUGCCUUCGUUCCAAAGAAAAACCAUAGUGCUACUGGGUGCUCACGGCGUGGGUCGGCGACACAUAAAGAACACACUCAUCUCGCGACAUCCUGAUCAAUAUGCUUAUCCUAUUCCACACACCACAAGACCACCAAGAACUGACGAAGAAAACGGCAGACACUAUUACUUCGUGACCCACGAAGAAAUGAUGGCUGACAUCGCAGCCAAUGAAUAUUUGGAAUAUGGUACCCACGAAGACGCAAUGUACGGCACAAAACUGGAAACAAUCCGUCGCAUACAUUCCGAGCGACGCAUCGCCAUACUGGAUGUAGAACCACAAGCUCUCAAGAUAUUGCGUACGGCGGAGUUCGCUCCAUACGUUGUGUUCAUUGCCGCACCGCCGCUUAAUAAUGUUGCUGAUUACGACGGCUCCCUAGAAGUUCUAGUCCGCGAAUCGGAGCAGCUCCGUCGCACCUACGGGCACUACUUCGACCUGACGAUAGUGAACAACGACAUCGACGACACACUGUCUCAGCUCGAGGCCGCGCUACUGCGCAUGCGCUCGGCGCCGCAGUGGGUGCCCGUCUGCUGGGUCUACUGACACCGAGACCAGGACUCUUUGUAAGUACACCAAGGGAAAUGGACUGCUAAUAAGAAAUACUGUUUUUGCAAAUAGGUUCAAUAACUUUCCUGUCUGACUUGACCUUGAGAUGAAACACCGAAACUCAAAGGUCACAGUUUCUUUUAAAGUCUAAACAUACGCGCAGAUUUUAGUACAGAGUGCUGAUUCAGAGUUUUGUAAAUUGAUGCUCUCGAUGCAUUAUUAUAGCUCAGCUGAAAUAAAGAGUGGUAUGUCUCAUCACAUGAUUUGAAUAUUACACCUGCAUUCAUUUUAUAAUACAGCCAAAAGCCACUGACAGUUUUAUUAAGUACACAUUUAAAAAUAAUUCUACAUAAUUAAGUUGAAUGAUAAUUUGCGCAUCGAGAACAUUAACUUGCAAAACUCACAUUAGGCACUCUGGGUCGUUUUCUUAGCAAAAAGCUUAAUUGUGUUGCGAUUUGCAAUUUUCACAAGUUUUGUUCAAAAAUUUUUUGACCAUCUCUAUACUAAUAACGGAUAGUCAAAAAAUAUAUAAAGUAAGUUUUUUUUUGGAGUAGAUAAUAUCGAGAAAAAUUACAAAGCACAGUCCAUUUUUCUACAAACUUACAAAGACCCCUGAACUAUAGAAACCAAAGAUCAAAGUUUGCAGAAUUGACACCAAAACAUCACAGGACAUUGACAAGUCAACAUACCUUUUAAGCUAUAUAAUAUACUUAAAUGACACAACUGUUUAAGUAACAAUAGAAUGAUAAGUACUAUUUUUGUUUCACGUUCAAUAAAAAUAAGACACUGUUAUGUAUACUUUGCUAUCCUAUUUUUAUUAGAGCAUAUAAUUCAUAGACUUAUAAGAUUGUAUGACAUCUUUGAUCCUGUUUGCUGUGUGAACAAAGAUUGUGGCCCAAUCGAUCUGAAUUUCUCUUUUUUGGUAGAAAAUAAUGCAAUGUUGGCAACACCGUUCGAGAUACCAUCCUUUUUAUGUACAGUGAAAUAAAUUGGCAAGAAAACUUAAUGUCUAUCAGUCAAAAAAGAGCAAAUCAGAUAUUUUAAUUCUUUUCUUACAAAGUAAGUUCUAAGUACACGUCACAAAAGAGUUGAUAACUCUGCGCUUGUUAUUUUAUUAAGGCAUUGAUAUUAUCUACAAUUUUAUUGAAAGACCUCAAUUAAUAUUAUUUACUUGAACAAGUAUUAAUUUUUGAUUAUUGUGAUAACUAUAAUAUUGUUUACUUACUCUUAAUAUACUAAAAAGUACUUUAUUACGAGUAACACAAAGUCUAAAAUUGCGCUUGCAUUGUUAACUUGGUGCAUCUUAGCUCAAUUUCACGAUAUGUGCCAAAUGUACUACCAGACACUUUUGAGGAAACAAAUACGAUUUUGAAAUACACCUGCACAUGACACUACAAGAUUUUUGGAUCAAUGUACAUAAUUAUACAUUAGUACAUAAUUUAUAUUAACAAAAAAAAAAAACUAAUUCUCUAGAAAUGUACCGUAGCUCAAAAUGUUUACUUCGACAUUUAAACUUAAGAUCUAUCCUACCUUUAGUAAACUAUUGUAAAAUCUUGUCGUUUUCCAACUAAAGAAUUCAGAUUCACUGCACUGGGUGAUAGUUUUGUCUUAAUCGUCUAAAAAUUGGACAAAUUGUUUAGUGAAUUGUAUAAAUCGACUAAAACUAAUAUAAGUAGUCGUACAUGAACCGUCGCUUCGAUUCUCUCUGAAUUGUAAAUAUGCAAUUCCUAUAAUGCUGUCGCCAUAUUAAGUACAAAAUAGUCCCCUUGUAACUCCUAUUGUUGCUAUAUUGAAAAUUUUAGGGUUAUCAGUCAAAUGUAGCCCAAAAUGUAUUAUUGUUAAUUUGCAUGGUCGAAUAUAACUUUAGAAGUUUCUAGAUUUUUUAAAGAAAUCUAUUGUCAUUUUUAGACGUAUAAACUAUCAAGCACAGUGUCCAUUUUCUUCCUUAGUUGGAAACCGGUCUAUUGACUUUAUCACAGGAUUAGAAUUCACAGGGUUGCAAGAAUCAUUGAUAGUCAUUUCUUUUCAUUAUUAUAGUUUACACUAAAAACUUUUUUAACAGUACUUAUUGCUUUUAUUUUAAGGGUUUUUUGCGGUUGUUCUAAACUAAAUCUAAUAAUUUGAUAUGGUGCCAUGGAAUACUUUUUGAGGAAGAAAGAUGAGAAAGAAGUAGGAUCAAGCAGUAACUUCAAGGAAUACGGGUCCAUAUUUAGUCCUAUGGGGCUCAAGUGUGGGACAGUAACAACGGUCCGUUAUAGGGCUUAAGUAUGGAACUGUUAAGUCGUCCUUGGCUCCAUCUACAAAUAUUCUUCAUUAAGCUUUUUCACCAGUAUUUUUAUCAAUUCUUCACAUUUGAUCGAAGUGACUUAAAAAUAGAGUGAGUAUUGGAGGAUGAAUGAACUUGAAUGUUUUUUCUGAAAUAGUUUAUUAAUAAAUUACAUUAUCAAUGCAUGAUCUUGGAGUCGGAGUUCUAUUUUUCAGUUUGAUUUCACGCCUGCACAAAUACAUUCCUGUAUAUAAAUAUAACGAACGAGUAGUGGAAUUUUACUAUAUAACUCUCACUGUUUCACUAUUUUUACUUUUAAUAAAUAUAAUUAGGCUAAGUAGGGUUUGCUGUAAGGGUUGUUUAUUAUUUAUAUUCAUUGUUGUAUUAUGUUUAUUUAUGGAAUUGCAAGUAUAAUGUGCAUGAUUGCUCAAUAAAUGCUCGAAAUAAUAAAAUGUAGCAUGAAAUAAAAUAAAGAAAACUAACUUGUGUAUGAAUGAUAUUGGUUGGUAAAUAUAUGAUAAUUAGAAGACUAUGAUAUUAUUGUAACGAUGAGAAUGGGGUAAGUAAAACAUAAAUGAUACUUUAUAUUCUGUAUAAUUAUACUUGGUAUUCUAUAAAUAUUAUUACAUUGGAUUUGUUAUUAGUUAUGAUUCGUUUUUCAUAAGUUAUGCAACCACUUAUGGCAAACAAUUAUUUAUAAGGUAAUUAAAAUUAUUAACAGCUUUUGUUUUAUAAGAAUUUUGUUAUUAAUAUCAUUUGGAACUUAAUAAUUCGUGUCAUCAUUUUACAACUUUGUUGCUAUUUUAAUCAUGUUUUUUUUUGUAAUUAUUCUAAUGUAAGAUAAUCAAUCAAUAGAAAAUGAAUGUAGUUAAAUUAAUCAUACAAUAUUGAAUUUAAAUAGUAUAUAUUAUAACGAAGUGACGAUGGCGAUGCGAAGAAACGCAAAUGGCGGGUAGCACUAUUGUCUAUGUUUUGUUUAAAAAUAUUUAAUGUUGCCAGUUAAAAUAUUGCAAUUAUUUAUUGAAAUACAUUUUAUGGCUGAAAUUACGUUGCUAUUAAAUUUUUAAAACUUUAUUGCGUCUUUCGCAUCAAUUUAGAUUUCUAAUUGAUUUCAUAUAAUACAAAAAUACAUUAUUUAACAUUGAUGAAUAUUGCGUAAAAAUAUUUAGAGAUUUGUUAGCUAAAGUCAUAUUUAAUAAAUAUAAGACGUGUUUCUUUAACAUAUAUUUAUAGGAUUAGAUUUCAAAUAAAAUGUACAUUUCUUGGAAAGAAAUGCAUAAUAAUUAUGUGAAAGAUGAAACUUCCAAUCUGAUAACAAUAUUAAUUGGGACAUUAUGACGUUAAUAAUAUUGCUGAAAGCAUACUUGCGACACCGAUGAUAAAAAGAGUUGGUCCCAUUUCAAUAUUUUCUGUUUAUGCAAAUGUUACACUGAAUUUAUUUAUUAGGGAAAAGUUAUUGUUUAAAAUAAAUAUAUUGUUAAUUUUCGAUGAUAAUAAAAUGCUUUACAAGUAAGACAUUUUUACGAAUAAUAAUAGCGAAUAAAAUUUGUUUUUCUCUAUUAUUAGUGGCUAGUGCUGCUCUUGAUUGAAUGAGUGUUCGAGAUUAUAUCUCACAGUAUAUUAAAUAAUAUUAUAUGUAAUUAAUAAUAAUAAUAUAUUUAUCAAAGAUCAAUUUUAUCGUUAAUGGCAACACAAGCAACAACUGAUCCAAAAACAUUCCAUUUUUUUUGUUCAUGUUUUUCUUAAAUUAUAAAAUUAUUAUUAUUGUCACUAAAAUGUUAUUAUUAAUUUUACUCAUGUGAUUUUUAGUUAAGAAUGUGUUAUUUAGUUGAAUAAGUCAUCUUUUUGUGUACUUAUCUCAGUUAUAGCACUAGGUAUCCAAAGGGUUAUUUUUCCUGUGGUUUUAUGUUCAAACUUACCUAUAUAAUUUGUGUCACAUCAAUAGGAUUGGUAUUCCAAAACAGUAGGUAAUAUUAAGUGUAAUUGAAGUUUAAAUGUAAAAUCACAUGAAAUGAACGAAACUUAAACUAUAGUUAAAUGUAAUAUCUACCUACUAAUAUUCUUAAAUUGUAAAGUCUGUUUUAAGUCGAUUAGUAGUUUCGUUCACUCAAUUCAACUGACUCCAAUCGACUUAAUUCACACGUAUCCAUAAACUACAAUGAAUGAAUUUGAUGUACCGGUACGUAAUCAAAAACUAGACAAAAAACUAACGAAAAGUGGGUUUUUAUCUGAAUCAAAUAAAGAUGACUGACGUAAAAUCUUAUUAUAACUGUUAACAAUUGAAUAAACGGCACAAAAUA